GUCCCCCGGCGGUAGCCCCACCACUACCGGGGACCACCGCGUCACCGGUUGGAUGCAUGCUGCCACAGACGCAAUAGUCCUGUGGUGGGCUGGCUCUUAUUCAAUAAAGUGGUUUUACUUCCCCGAAUCCCUCGCAGCUCCUGUUUCUACUUGUUUUGUCAUUAUCUGUUUUGGUGGGCUCUCAUUGUCAUCCAUCAUCUUUUGAGUUGAAACUUAAUCAAGCAGCAUCACUAUAGUUCCCUUUUCAAUUCAGCUUGGAAGGCCGCCGCCUGUACGACCAUCAUCUGCAGCAGCGCUUAUUCCCUCUUUUCCCCCUCAAUUUGGGACAGCAGAGCGUCUGUUCGAAUCCGAAAUAUUUCGACUGUAUUACAAUUACCUCAUAUUAAUCAAAAUGGGAUCUAUACAACUCCCACAUAUCUCCAAACUCCAUGCAGCAACGGAUUUGGAUCAAACAGCUGUGCUAGAUGCUCUUUUCGAACCGAGCCCCGAAAUUCAUAGCACAUUAUUACCCGUCAUACGAACUGCUGAAUAUUCCACCUAUUUUCAGCUGAUAGACGCAUGCCAGAUCCGCUUUCUUUCUCUUGCUGCUGCGUCGACCGUUGAAAGCCCGGACAAAACGCUGUUGUCAAUCCUGGGGUCGCAUCCCCGACUGGGUGCUAAAAAGGUCGAGUCGGCGCAAUCGGUUGCAGAACAGGCCAAGCUAGGCGGUGAGAGUGAGGAAUUGACAAAGUUGAAUGAACUCUAUGAGGAGACUUUUCCUGGACUGCGUUAUGUCGUUUUUGUCAAUGGUCGGGGGCGGCCGGAGAUUAUGCAAGACAUGAGAGCGCGCAUAGCCAGGAAAGAUUACACCAUGGAAGUGGCUGCGGCAUUGCAGGCUAUGUGUGACAUUGCCAAAGAUAGAGCCAACAAAUUACCCAUUCAGCAACUGUAGUCGUAGCCAGCGGCAUUCCCCGAAUUCGGCGUCCUGGCGGUUUACAAGAGUAUCAAGAACAAAUUUGGCUACUUUUUUAGGAAAUAUUUCACUACUUAUUAUAAUGAAAUUCCUUAGGUCUAUACUAUUUCGAAGCCUGUAUUGUGCAACGUGUUAAAGCUCCUG